GCAGAAGGGCUCAAAGAUGGCGUAAGCGCAGAUUCCAUCCCAAUUAAACGACAAAAACUGAACUGUAGAAUUUUGGUGCUAAGAAUAUAAGCUAAAGAUGGCGUUUGAUCUUGGGUCUUUAGCAGAGGCAGCAUCAGGAGCCAUUGGAGCUCUGGUUAGCACCUCCAUUUUGUACCCUCUUGAUACUUGUAAAACCAAGUAUCAAGCUGAAGUUAGAGCUCACCAUCAACAAAAAUACAGGAACACUUCAGCUGUUCUGUGGGAAGCAAUAGCUAACGGUCAAGUUCUUUCAUUGUACCAAGGUCUUGGGACCAAAAAUUUGCAGUCUUUUAUUUCACAGUUCAUCUAUUUUUAUGGAUACAGCUUCUUUAAGAGGCUGUACUUGGAUAAAACUGGAAACAAGACUAUUGGUACUAAAGCAAACUUGAUUGUUGGUGUUGCUGCUGGGGCAUGUACUGUGAUAAUUACACAGCCCCAGGAUACAGCAGCCUCAAGAAUGCAGACAAGUGAAUUCGGCAAGUCUAAAGGACUAUGGAAGACGCUUUCCGAGAGCUAUUGGAGUGAAGCAUUUGAUGCUCUCGACAUAUCUCUUCUCCUCACUACGAAUCCAUCUAUUCAGUAUACUGCAUUUGAUCAAUUGAAACAAAGACUACUUAAGAUGGUUACUGGGGCGCUCUAUUCGAUAUGGAAAAGGGAAGGGCUUUUGGGUUUUUACAAAGGAAUAGAAGCACAGAUCUUGAAGACCGUUCUAAGCUCGGCAUUGCUUCUAAUGAUAAAGGAGAAAAUCUCGAAGACGACAUGGGUCCUAUUGCUUGCUCUUCGAAGGUAUCUUUUUACAAUCCAACCUUGAUUAAAGAGUGCUUAAUGACAACCCAAAGAAGCAAAAGUUAGAGAUUCAAGUCUUGA